AUGACCGAGGUUGACUCCCACCUGGACCGGAUCUCCUCAAUGGAUGCAUCAAUCUUCUCUCAGAGUUUAACGAACUCCGAGAUCAGGCUCGCCUCUGCAGAAAUAAAGAAUGAAGUCUCAAAGAACCAGUACGGACAGAUUGUGGGCAGUGGUGUAAGAGUCUUGAGUCCUCCACUGUUGAAUGUACAGGAAUCGGCUGGCCAGACGGCUGAGGAAGAAGAGAGGCUGGUUGGGGCUUGUUACUGUGCAAAAAUUGACGAUCUCCUCCUGAAAUCAGAUUUUGUGAUGAUAGUGGUAAGCUUGACUCCUCAAACUUCCAAGAUGGUAGGGGAAAGAGAGCUUCGCCUCAUGAAACCCAACGCUACUCUCAUUAAUAUCUCCCGUGGUGGAGUGAUUGAUCAGGAUGCUUUGGUGAAAGCACUUCAGAAUGGGGUUAUUCGUGCAGCAGCACUAGAUGUCUCUGAACCAGAGCCCCUUCCGAGGAAUCAUCCUUUACUACACCUACCAAAUGUCAUCCUGACUCCCCACAUUGGAGCUUCUACUGAAAAGACCACUCGUGAAAUGCUGGAGAAAAUGAUUGAAAAUGCUGUGGCUGCUGUUCGUGGAUUUCCGAUGCCUGACGAAGUGCUGCUGUCAUGA